AUAGUCCGAUCCAACCCUAGAGGGGAAAGCGGGAGGGAGGGAGAGUGAGACAGCUGAUCAGUGCUGUGGUAUUCCGAGUUUCGAGAACAGAGAGCGAGAGAGAGAGAGAGAGAGAGAGACACACACACACACACACACACAGAUUGAGGAAGCUGACAGAAAAUGAGGAAGAAGCUUUAACCGUCUGUGGAGAACUAGCAGCCCGAAGAGUUUCAACGUCUUUCGGAAGAUAAAGAAAACAAGAGAAUGUGUUAGAAUUACAGAGAUAGAACAAGUGUGAGUGAGCGAGAGGGAGAGAGCGAGAGAGAGAAAGGGCUUGACAUAUGAAAAAAGAAAACAAACAUCUUGAGAAGAAGAAAGUGGCAUGAAACGUGACUCGAGUGCCACGUGAAGUUUCCUGCUGCUGGAGAAAAUCAUCUCGAGAGAGAGAGAGAGGGAGAGAGAUAAAGAGAGAGAGAGAGAGAGAGACGGGGUGAGCAAGCUUAAAAUGAGAGGACGGAAAUUUUAAGAAGCAAGAAAACGCGAUGAAAGACGACCCGAGGACAUAGGAGGCUAGAGCGAGACUGAGAGAAAAAAGAGAGAGAGAGAGAGAGAGAGAGACGAGCUCAGCUGCAGAUCAGUGAAGACGCGUGUGUGCGUCUUUUCAAGAAGAGAUGUCGUGGCUGUCGCCCAUGCAGUGGGCCAAAUGGACCUGGUCUGCCAUGAAAGGAACAGGAGAAGACGAGCUAGAGGAGAACGACGUCCAAAACGGAGAGAUAGACGAAGAAGAUGAUGAGGAAGAGGAGAGAUCUCAGAGCUUCAGGCAAGUCGUCUCUCAUGACAGCAUGACUACAGAUCAACAGGCAUUCAGGCUGGAAAGCUCGGAUUCAGAGGGUCACUUCGAGACACCUGAGACGGAGUCACCUGUCCAUCAACCACUGGCUCCACCCACAACACACAUCACAGAGGAGGACGUUCAGGUGUCCAUCAGCGUAACCUCAGAGCUGAAAGUUACAAACCAGGACAGCUGUCCAAAAUCAGACGCCUAUGGUUUGGACUGUAGCAGCCUCCUUCCGGAAAUUCCGAAGAUGAAAUCUCCUCUGAUUCCUGAAUCCGCAGUGGUGGAAACAGUCACAGCCAGCCCUGUAAACGUGGACGAUAUUCCUCUUCCCAAAAAAUCGUACACUUUGGAACUGGAAACAAAACUUCAGGAUGAAGACGAUGCUGGAGCUCAGAAACAAGGAAGUAAAACGGAAACUGAUCAAAAUCAGAAACCCGUAGAAACAGAACAGGGAUGUGAUGUGGACGACGCUCUUCUUCCUGAAAAUUCACACAGUAUAGAAAAGACGUCCGAAUUCCAAGACAACGAUGGAAAGUGCAGAAACUCUCUGUCUCAGAAACCAGGAACCAAACAACGAACCAAACCCACAUCUAAAAAACAGAAGCCCAAAGUGACAGUGGGAGAAAACGACACACACACUUCUCUAAACGUGGACGACAUUCCUCUCCCCAAAACGUCCUACAAUUUUGACCCGAGCCAAUGGGACGACCCCAAUUUCGACCCGUUUGGAGGGAAAAACAAAGUCCAGAACUCUCAGAAACUCCCAAAAUCAUGUGAUUUCAAUCCGGAUAACUUCGACGACUCGCUGGAUGCCUUUAAGCCGUCUAACAAGAUCAUUGGAAGCAGCGACUCUGAGAAAACCAACGAUGAGAAAACGAAGGAGGAACAGAACAAAGAGUGCCCUCUGGUGGAGGAGAGGAAAAUUAGACAGUCGCCCAAGAAGAGCAAAGACAAGAUAAUCACGAACACGUGCAAAGUGAAGAAGUAUGAGAAUACGUCGUUAGCGCUGGAUGUCUGCAAGCAGGUUGAAGAAGAACAGGAGGAGCGGGUAUGUCACGCCACAGAUGAGGAGAAACUCGCAUCUACGUGCACGAUGCAAAAACACGAUAAAACGUCUAAGACGUCAGUAACAGAAGACGACCUGGAGCUAGUGAAAAAAGAUCAUUUCCCUGAGAAGGAGAUCUGCACACCUAGUGAGAGCUUGGAGAAGACCAGCCCCAACCUUGACUCCAUCGCGCUCAGUGAGAUUGACAAAGCCGCUGUUCUGACUCUCAUCAGAGAGGAGAUAAUCACAAAAGAGAUCGAGGCAAACGAGUGGAAGAGGAAAUACGAGGAGAGCAGAAUGGAGGUGUUGGAGAUGAGGAAAAUAGUGGCCGAGUAUGAGAAGACGGUAGCACAGAUGAUUGAAGACGAGCAGAGGAAGAACAUGGGCUCUCAGAAAAGCGUCCAGCAGCUGAUAACGGAGCGGGAUCAGGCUCUGUCCGAUCUCAACUCAGUCGAGCGCUCGCUCUCGGACCUGUUCCGGCGCUACGAGAACAUGAAGACCGUGCUGGAGGGAUUCAAGAAGAAUGAGGAGGUGCUAAAGAAGUGCGCUCAGGAAUAUUUAGCACGCGUCAAACAGGAGGAGCAGCGUUAUAACACACUCAAGAUCCAUGCUGAGGAGAAACUCGACAAGGCGAACGAAGAGAUUGCUCAGGUGCGUGCGAGGUCGAAUGCGGAGUGUGUGGCGUUGAACGCUAGCCUGAGGAAGGAACAGAUGAAGGUGGAAUCCCUGGAGAGAGCACUCGAACAAAAGAAUCAGGAAAUCGAGGAGCUCACGAAGAUCUGCGAUGAACUCAUCGCCAAACUCGGUACAGCAAACUGAGCACUAAGCACACCUGGAUUUCAGCUUUCAGCUAAAGUCCUGACUGAACCCCGCCUUCCUUCACACUGCUCCGCCUCCAACGUAGUCUUGCAUGUCUGGAUCUCCAUCCAACAUCUGAAGCGAGGAACUGCAACAUCAGCUAAAGUAAUGCGCUUAUAAUAGAGACUCUUUAGACAUGGAGAGGUUAAACAUGGCACUCUGCAUGAAUCGUCAGCGCUUACUGCAGUUUCUUUAUGAUUUGUGAACCUGAGCGCAUUAGCGCUUUGUGACAGCUCUGCUUUUGGACGCAGUGUGUUUCAUCCGUGAGGUGAACGAAUGUCUGUGUGUGUGUGUGUGUGUGUGUGUGUGAUCCUUCCUUACAAUACAUGCACUUUGAUGUGUGUGUGUGUCUGUGUGUCUGUCUGUGUGUAUGUGUGUGUGUGUGUGUGAGACGACUAUAUUUUCCAGAGUAUAAGACACCGUUCUUUUUUUUUUUUUUUUGCCCAAUCACAUUAAAAUAUUUGCUUUUGACAUCAAAAUCAUAGUUGUCAUGGCAACCAGAAGCACAGAUAAUACAACAAAGAAAUCUUAUUCACGUAACUGCUAGGAGACUCUAACUGAUGUCCAGUGCUAAGACAUAGUAUGUAAGUAAUAAAAAACUGUUCUUAUACCACAAUUUGCCAACACUAAUAAUGUUUUCUCUAUUAAAGAAUGACACGGCAUACUUUUUUAUCCAUUUUUUGUUACGUUCGGGGUUGUGAAAUGUCUGUGAAACAUCACCACUUACAUCGUAGCAGCUAUGAACAGUCAUUCCCUCACCAGCCUUUCCUUUUUUUCUAGUUAGUUGGCAGGAAUUGGCAAAAUGGAGUAAAAGAAAAAUUAUAUACAUAUUAUGGCAUAUAGCAUUAUUUUAGCAGUAGUGAUUGGACAAACUGAAGCCUCUUCAACAAGUCUUAUUAUGGUAAUAUGGUAAAUGUGUAUCUGUGCUUUGUGUGUGUGUGUGUGUGUGUGUGUGUGUGUGUGUGUGUGUGUUUGAAAAAAGGGUCCAUGCACACGUAUUUUUCUCCCUCGCUCCACAACAACACAAAUGCAAGUGCCAGUGCAAUCCCAUGAUGCACACAGUUUAUUGUAAAUAAGAAUGCAUUCCAUGUUUAUUUUGGAUUAUUAUAAAGGUUUAUGGUUCUGUUAUUUUGUGGGGAUUUAAGCGAAAACGAGAAAGUCUUGCUAACAAAUUAGUGUGUGUAGUGUUCAUUAGUGUCAGCAUUCACACACUGGGAUUUGUGUUUUGCUGGAAUAUUUACAUUUAGUAAUGCACUAAUCCUGUAGGACUGAAAUGUUCCUGGUCCAACAAAGAUGGAGCUUAGAUUUAAUUGGAUUAGCCACGCCGCUAACCUUUCUUUUCACCGCCCAAUGGUUUAGCAUAAAAUUACUGCUCUACAGGUUGCUAUACGAUGUUACAUACUGUAGCUAGCCACUAGUUCAUAUCCGAGUUAGCUCACGAUGAUAUUGUGUAAUUAAAACAGGUAGCCUAGUUUGCUAGCCGGCUAGAUGACCUGAGGUAAAAUAUUUUAUUGCGUAAUUAAAUCCAGUACGUCAGUAUGGAAGUUAAAAGAGAGGUCAGUGGUGGUGCCGUACGAUCACGUUUGCGAUUGGCUAAUCAAAUGUAAGUGAAGCUCCGCCCUUAUUGAUUCAGUGACAUGUUAAACAGCGGCAUUGUAUUAUAUCUUAUAUUUAAUCAGGUGUGACGCACAAAGAGAUCAAAAUGAACUGAAAGUGAUCAAACUUGAACUUUUAUUCGAUCUUCUUUUUAUGAAGGUAGAAAAAAACAACUUUUUUAAUUAUUAUAAUCUUUAAAAAAGCAUUUCGCUAAUUACACUUUAAGCACUUCUGAGAUCAAGAGGAACCGUUUAUCAAACGGCGAAUGGACUUGAGGUUUUUUUCUUUCUUUUUUUUCUUUUCUUCCAGCAAUUUAACACUUUUCUUUGCUUGGAAACUUUGAUUCGUCUUUGUGUUUUCAAGUGUUUCAGUACUGCUUUUGACCUGCCCUUGUUGACUUUGUUUAAGUUCGUUAGACGUUGGGCGUUAGCAAUGUAGCGCUCAGGAACUUAUCCGGAAGGCAUUGCUGUGGUGUGACUUUGAAAACUGUUGGAGGUUUCUACGUGUAAAAUAGAACAGUUUAAUUAUUCAGUCAGAGUUCUUCUUAUUUUUUAAAUCUGUACUUGACAGCUUGUGAAACUGUGGUACUUUACUGCGAUAGCUAAUUGGCACACGAGAUAGCUAGCAUGCUAGUUAUUUAGCUAGUUAGGCAGUUGAUAAAGUGUUUUAAAGAAAAUAAAUCCGCACAAAUCGCCAAGGAAAUUGUAAAUAUCAUCAUCUUAUUUUGUAAUGUUUUACCUAGCAAACCAGCUGAUUAGCAUGCUAGUGGCCUAGCAAGGCCAUAUCUGAGUGUGUACAUCUCUAGCUUGUGUGUGAGCAAUAACAACGAAUGCGUUUCAUUCUUAACACCGUAGACAAUCGUGCGAUGUGAGCGGAAAUCAACAAGUGUGUGUUGAAAACGGUAUUGGAACACUUCACCUUUGUGAAGGAACAAAAUAUUUUUAUAGAAAUCCUGUUGGACUGACAAUCCGCCUUUUGCUCUGUGCCUGUUGCCAAAGUGACGCCAGUCAAGCUGCCCGGUGUCAUAUCCCACAAUGCCCAGCGUGUCAUAUGCAAUAGCUGCCAAAAUGUGUGUACUGAUAUACAGUUUUUUUUGUUGUUGUUUAAUCUUCAAAACGUAGUCACAUUCAGGACGGUUUUUAUAAAGAAUUGUCCUUCUCUGAGAAUCGAUCCCAUCGUUCUGUGCACCUCACAAGUUUAACAUGAAAGCACGGAAAACACGGUGGACGCUCCUUCCUUCCUCUUCCUGUUUCCUCUCCUUUUUUUUUUUCUUCUUAAAUACACCAUGAUGAGAUCCUGAGAGUAUGCUUAAGAGGGAUCGGGAGUUCAGCGAUGAUGAUGAUGAGGAGGAGGAGGAGGAGGAUUUGAUAUGUGCACAUUCUUAUAGCACUGAACUCUGGCUUGUGUGUGUGUGUGUGUGUGUGUGUGUGUUCAUUUGUGUUCAUGUUUGUACAGUGGGAGAGAAAGAGAGCUGCACAGAAAUCAUGUUUACUAAUAUAUUCCUUCUCUAUAUUAUAUUCUAUAUUUUGUGCAUAAAGUGUUGCCUGAAUUAAAGGUAUUAGAACGUA